UGCUCUCGGACAGAGUGAGCUCCACACCUUCAGCAUGGGUUCCAGAGAGGAGGUCGCCUACGUGACCUGCACCUACAGGGAAACGGGCGUCGAGCAGCCCGACUUCCUGGCCACCAUCGACCUCAACCCCAGAUCCUGCAACUAUGGCCAGAUGAUUGAGCCAGUGGAUAUCUUCUGGAGGUGUGACAAGGGGUACCUGAACGUACCUCACGCCCUGCCUAAUGGUGAUGUUCUGAUUGCCAACAUGGGAGAUCCAGCUGGCAAUGGAAAAGGUGGUUUUAUUGUCCUGGAUGGAGAGAGCUUUGAGCUUAAGGGGAACUGGGAGAAAGACUGUGAAGUCCCUCCAACUGGACAUGACUUCUGGUUCCAGCCACGUCAUAAUGUUUUGAUAAGCUCUGCUGGAUUAGUCCUCAAACGUGCAGGACCUGCAUUUAAUCCAGCUGACCUCCAUAAAGGGGUCUUUGGGCGCCGUCUGAACGUGUGGAACCUGUCCUGCCGAACCCUCAUCCAGUGCUUCGACCUGGGGGAGGAUUCUCUGCCCUUCAGUGUUAGAUUCCUCCACAACCCGAAUGCCGCUGAGGGCUACGUCAGCUGUGCCCUGAGUGGCGUUAUCUAUCGCUUCUUCAAGAACGAGAGAGGCUGCUGGUCAGUGGAGGAGGUGAUUAGGAUCCCACCAAAGAAGGUGAGAGGAUGGAUUCUCCCCGAGAUGCCAGCUUUCUCAGCCUACAUCCUCAUCUCGAAGGAUGACCGGUACCUGUAUGUCAGCAACUGGCUGCACGGGGACAUCCGCCAGUACGACAUCUCCUGCACCUCCAAGCCCAGGCUGGUGGGACAGGUGUUUGUGGGAGGCAGCAUCCUCCGAGGUGGGCCUGUAACUGUGUGCAGAGACGAGGAGCUGAAGUGUCAGCCCGAGCCCUUGGUGAUCAAGUGCAAGAGAGUGCAAGGUGGUCCUUACAAAAUGCAGCUGAGCCUGGAUGGCAAGAGGCUCUACAUCACCAACUCCUUCUGCAGCUCAUGGGACAAGCAAUUCUACCCGGAUUUGGUCAGGGAAGGCUCUGUCAUGCUGCAGAUUGAUGUGGACACUAAGGCUGGUGGCCUGUGCGUGAACAAGAACUUCCUGGUAGAUUUUGGAAAGGAGCCCUGUGGACCUGCCCUUGCUCGUGACAUCCACUUCCCUUGUGGAGACUGCACCACCACUGACUCAAUCUAGGCCCCAUGUGCAAGGUUCCCUUCUUCUCUUUCUCCUUUAGUGCAGGUGUUAGGGGUCCUCAUUCACCACUGGAAUCUAAACUGCUGUUAACAGAAGCUACAGAAGCUCUGCCUUGUUGRGAG